UUCUUUGAUUCUACUAAAUCAAGAAGAAGAAGAAGAAGAAGAAGAAGAAGAUACGUAAACAACAAUGUCAGUAAUGAAUUCCACUGCCAUCACUCCUCAAGUAGCUGUGUCCUUCUCUGCAAUCCCGCCUUCAAGUAAUAAUCUUUCCUUUUUGCUUCGGAGAAACUUUAAUUUUAAUUCGAUAAAGCGGGUUUCAUGGAGAAGAAGAAGCAGGAAUUUCUCUCUUUUACGUGUGGCGGCUCCACCAUCAUCAGCUCCCUCUUCUGAUGAGCAACGGUUGGAGCAAGAAGAGGGUCCUAUUCAAGCGGGAGAGGUUGGUGAAGAACAGGAAGAGUAUAGAGUUGGGGAUGAGUUUGGUGAGGAGAGCUCUGGGUCUAAGUUUUCAUGGAGGGAUCAUUGGUAUCCGGUUUCUUUGGUUGAGGACUUGGACCCUCAACUGCCUACACCGUUCCAGCUUCUGGGUAGAGAAUUGGUUCUUUGGUUUGACAAAAACAACAAUGAGUGGGUUGCUUUUGAUGAUAAAUGCCCACACAGGGUGGCGCCUCUAUCUGAAGGACGAAUAGAUGAAAAUGGGCACUUGCAAUGUUCAUACCACGGAUGGUCUUUUGAUGGGUGUGGGUCCUGCACGCAGAUCCCCCAAGCUUCAACUGAAGGUCCAGAAGCUCGUGCAGUUCAAUCUCCUCGAGCAUGUGCAACCAGGUUUCCUACGAUGGUGUCUCAAGGCUUGCUCUUUGUUUGGCCUGAUGAGAAUGGUUGGGAAAGAGCUAAAGCUACAAAGCCCCUCAUGUUGCCUGAUGACUUUGAAAAACCUGAGUUCUCAACUGUGACCAUUCAGCGUGAUCUGUUCUAUGGCUAUGAUACGCUCAUGGAGAAUGUCUCGGAUCCUUCCCACAUUGAUUUUGCUCAUCACAAGGUUACAGGGAGGAGAGACAGAGCCAAACCUUUGCCAUUUAGGUUAAAGGAUAGUGGCCCCUGGGGCUUUGCUGGGGCAAAUGAUGGAAAUCCACGAAUCAGUGCUAAAUUUGUUGCUCCUUGUUAUUAUAUGAACAAAAUAGAGAUAGACACAAAGCUUCCUAUUGUUGGUGAUCAGAAAUGGAAGAUAUGGAUAUGUUCACUCAACAUACCAAUGGCACCUGGGAAGACCCGUUCUAUUGUUUGUAGUGCUCGUAACUUCUUCCAGUUCAGCAUGCCUGGGCCUGCAUGGUGGCAGGUUGUUCCUCGAUGGUUUGAGCAUUGGACUUCAAAUAAGGUCUAUGAUGGAGACAUGAUUGUGCUUCAAGGCCAAGAGAAGAUCUUCCUUUCCAAGUGCAUGGAGGGUUCUGAUGAUGUUAAUAAGCAGUACACACAGAUCACAUUCACUCCCACCCAAGCAGAUCGCCUUGUCCUUGCAUUUCGAAAUUGGCUGAGACGUCAUGGCAACAGCGAACCCGAAUGGUUUGGCCUCAGCACCAACCAACCUCUGCCAUCAACAGUUCUAUCAAAAUGGGAGAUGUUGGAUCGAUUUGAGCAACACACUAUGAAAUGCUCAUCAUGCAAAGGAGCUUAUGAAGCAUUUCAGAGAUGGCAAAAACUUCUCAUCGGUUCAACCGUGGUAUGCUGUGCAGCAGCUGGGAUCCCCUCAGAGAUACAAUUCCGGGUAGUUUUAGCUGCACUAGCUAUCAUAUGUGCUGCUUUUGCUUAUACAUUACAUGAACUACAAAAGAACUUUGUUUUUGUUGAUUAUGUCCAUGCUAAAAUCGACUAGGGUAUAGCUAAAAAGUUUCAAAACAUCAAUUUUUGAAUGUUAGGACUUAGUGAAGAACACCUUUAAAUGACAUAUACAUGCUUUGAAGCACUUUCCUUUCUAUUCUUAAG